AUGGAACUGAAACGCUAUUUGUUGGAAAGUAUUCCAUUUGCAGCAAUGGUGAUUGUAGAGAUUCUUGAUGUUGGGUUGACCACAUUGAGCAAAGCAGCCAUGUCCACAAGAGGAAUGAAUCACUUUAUCUUUGUUCUUUACUCCAAUGCUCUUGCCACUUCCAUUCUCCUCCCUUCUUCUUUCCUCAUCAACAGGACAACAAGACCGCCACUGUCUUUCUCACUUCUUGUCAAAUUCUUCCUCCUCGGCCUGGUCGGCAUCACUAUAAUGCAGAAUUGUGUAUUCACUGGCAUAAGCUACAGCUCUCCCACCCUUGGAUCUGCUAUGAGCAACUUGACUCCAGCAAUCACUUUUGUACUAGCUGUCAUUUUCAGGAUGGAAAAGUUGGAUGUUGGAAGUUCAAUAAGCCAGAUCAAAAUGGUGGGGACAGUACUGUCUAUCUCAGGAGCAUUGCUAGUGACCCUUUACAAAGGCGCUCCCAUUUGCAGCUUUCAAACUCAACCCUCGGCAUCGCAAGAAUUUCAGUCUCUAUUAGAAGAAACCAGCAACUGGGUCAUUGGAGGUCUCUUUCUAUUCACUGCCUCUUUAUCUCUUUCCAUAUGGAAUAUUGCUCAGGCAGCAAUUCUUAGAGGAUAUCCAUCUCAGUUGACCAUAGUGGCCUUCUAUUGCCUGUUUGGAACAAUGCAAUGUGCAGUACUUUCUCUAAUUGCAGUCAAAGAUCGAAAUGCUUGGAAUCUCAGUGCUGAUAUUGAGCUUAUCUCUAUAAUAUAUUCAGCAGUUUUUGGAAGUGUGGUGACAUUUUCUGUACUGACUUGGUGCAUAGAUAGGAAAGGACCUGUAUUUGUUUGCAUGUUCAAACCUGUAGGAAUUGCCAUUGCUGCUUUUAUGAGUGCUGCCUUCCUUGGUGAAACACUUCAUGUUGGCAGUGUCAUGGGAGCAGUGGUAAUAGCCAUUGGAUUUUACACAGUUAUGUGGGCACAAUCAAAAGAGGGAAAUGUGAAUGGCCUAGAAGUUGAUGGAUCAUUAUCAUCCUCAUCUGCCGAAGAGAGUCCUCUACUAGGGUCUCAGUGA